AUGUCGCUCACAUUCAAGCUACUCUCGUUGGUCAUUCGAACAGCUGCAAAACCUAUAGGCAACUACAUCAAACGACAAGCACGAGAACAUGAAGGCUUCCGCAAGUUCGCAGUCAAUCAAGCCCAGCGAGUCCAUCGAGUGGACAUGCGUAUGCGCCUGGGCAUACUUCACGACGCUGACGCACAACAACGAAUGCACGAACGAGAGCAGCGCGCGGCGGACGAGAAGAAGCGCAAGUCAGAGUCUCCUACAGUACGGACAGCAGAAGAGCAGGCAAAGUACGACGAACAGAAAGCGAAAGAGGAGCAGGAUGCCAAAGACGGGGUGGUGAAGAAGGAGGAAAGCGCAAAACCUCUCAAGACGAAAAUUCGGCCGCUGUCCGAAGCGAGAGCUAUUGAGUUGGGAGCUAACUUCUUCUCCGAGGCAUUCAUCUUCGGGGUAGCGGUUGGUUUGCUGGUGUGGGACAGCUGGCGGAGUCGGCGAAAGGAGAGCACCCGGCGCGACGACGUGGCAGACCGUUUAGAGCAACUGGAGAUCGAGGUGGAAGCUCUACGGAGCGAGCUGGACCCCGAUCUGGAGACUCUCCACGAGAUCAGUGACAAGAUAAAGGCGGCGAAGCUGCAGAAGAGGAGCAGCUCGUGGAAUCCGCUCACCUGGGGACGGGCAGCGGAGGACACGGCGAUUAUGGAAGAGAUUCAUGAUUACAACGCGAAACAGCCCGAGCCAGAGAAGGCGAUUGUUGCGGAGCACAAGUCAGCCAAGACUAUUGCGGCGGAGAAAGCGGUCGAUGAUGCUAGAGCGGAGGACGUAGCCGAAAAGAGACGAAUAGAUGCGCAAGAGGCACGUGCAAGGCUAGCGGAGAAGAACAGGAAAGCUGAAGAGGCAAAGAAGAAGAAAAUGGACGAGGAUGCUCUCGCCCAAAGAACGGCGGAUGAGGCCAAAGCACCUGCGCGACUGGACUCUGUGGUUGCAGCGAGCAAGGAGAGGUAGAGGAGACC